UGCGACCGCCAGCGCUGGCAACUUGGACAGCCUCGCUGCAGCCUCUUUGCGCCGUGUUGCUGCCAUGGUCAGGGAAUCGCCAUUGCCGCCCCGCAGGAGCGCCCUGCAAUUAGCCCUCGCCCUCCUUGCGCCGUCGGCGUCUCACGCCGCAUCUCAAGCUGCGCCAGUGGGGUACCGCUCACUGCGGCUGAGGGGUGCGCAAAAUGCGCCCGUGAGCCUGUGGUACCCUACGCGGGCAAAGGGCGCCGUGGAGAAGGCGCCUUAUCGGCACUACAUCAGCGUGGCACGGAUCGUGGAGCUGCUGCAGGGCGCGCAGCUCCCGAACCUCGGCUGGGAGUUUCGCCUGAAGGCCGACAGCCCGAUCCAGGUGGACGCUCCCUUCGCUUCCGAUGCCGCAGCCUCGGAGCUGCAGCUGGCCCGGGCGCGGCACGGCGCCGGGCCCGCCCGCUGCGCCGUGGUCUUCGCACACGGGUACUUGGGCAGCCGUUUCGAUAUGCUGCACCUCUGUGAGCGCUUAGCGCAGAAGGGCUUCGUGGUCGCAGCGCCGGACUUCCCGGAGGGCCUGUCUGGGGCGGUGCCGCUGGGCAGGGUGAACCGUCAGCUCAUUCUCGAGGAGCUGAUUUCGAGACUGCGCCGCGAGUUUGGGGUGGAGCACUUGGGCAUCGUGGGGCAUUCUGCCGGGGGCGGCACGGCGACCGUCUCCACGAUGCCCUUCCGCUGUGGCCGCGUGGCCGUGGCGGGCCUGGCCGCCUAUGCACAGCCCGACCCACUGCUGGUGGUGGCCUCGGAGGGCGAUGGCGUGGUGCCUUUGGGCCGAGUGCUGAAGGCGCUGCCGCCGGACGCGCUGUCGGUGGAGGCCGUAGGUGCCGCGGACGUCGCGGCGCAUCGGCGCCUGGCGCUUCUGCUGCGCUCGGGCAAGGGCCGCGGCCGGGCGCCGUGCCACAUCUCUUUCUUAUCUGCGGAGUCCAACGAGGCCAUGGUGACUCUGCUGUCGCCAUUGCUGCCGGUGGCGCGCGCUCUCCGAGUCCCGGUCUUGGACUUUGACACCUACCUCAGCCUGCGAGAUGGUCCGCAGGUGGCGGAGCAGGUCCUUCCAUUGAUUGAGGACUUCUUCUUCUAUCACGCUGCACGGGCGGUGUAA